UCAUCGAUGACAAUCGAUAUCAAUCAAUACCAAUUGAUAUCAAUUAAUAGAUUGAUAUUGAUAAUCGAUGACCAAUCGAUGGCGAAGAUUAGCGCCGAUUAUCGAUUGGUUUUCCAAUCAUCGGUUUCCAUGGAUUGGAAACGCCGGGGCAAGUGGGUAAUUCGAGUACCGGAGCCACGGGAUAUAUUAUCUGCGUUGAGAAGACUGGAUCGGAAUUGUUUUACCAAUUUCGUCCUCAGGGCUUCCUUAAAAUGGCGGAUGAUCGGACAGGUAGCGUGCGUGACAUCUGUGUUAGGUUGCUGCCAAUCGAUAGCGCUCGAUGAACUGUUUUUGUGUGGUUAUCGAUUGAUCAUCGAUUGACCGAUACCAAUCGAUACCAAUUAAUUGAUUUUAUCGAUUGGUUUUCCGAUCAUCUAUUUCCAUCGAUUGGAAACGCCGGGUCAGAGUCAAAGUAAGUUGUAUCAGUUCAGUUGAUAGUAUUUAAAACUCAGGUUAUUGAUCAGACUCGAAAUGUCAUUGGUGCGUUUCCAUCCGCCUGUCGUCAGAGUUUAACGUCGUUAGUCAAAUUGUCGGUUGUCCAACCAUUCUCUCGUUGACGUUUUGCUAAAAAAACAAAAACAAUAACAACUAUCUGAAGCCCGAGGUAUCGCUAGGAGUUAAGCCCGCAGUAACCUGAAAUGUGCAGUUAAGAAGACCAAAGAUAGCAUUACACCUGAAAUUGUGCUGUGAUUUUCUCGGAUCGAUAAGUUCCUGACAACAUUUCGAGAGGUGGGGGAAGGGUAGUUGUCAUGUUGCAAAGAUCUGAAGACAGAGCAGGCUAAUUGCUUGCCAGCCUUGGCCAAUUUAGGGUUUAUCAGUCAGACCUAGUAGACGGACUAUAUAUAAAGUGAAAGUCUGGUCUUUCUCUUGACGUUCCUAUAUGAAGAACCAUGAAGUGUAUAAGGAGCAAACACACUCUAUUGUCAUUCCAACAGAUGAUGGCAGACAAAUUACUGUGGUAGUUCCUUUGUGUCCUGCAUGGGUGCAAUCACCAAAUUACGUUGUGUAAAAGAUUGAAGAAACUUGGCAAUACCCACACCACAACACAAAAGCGAACCAACAACAGCAUCCGAAACAUCAACAAAUACCAUUUGCUGUUUACUGGUAGUUUCUUUACUGCUGGAACAUAUUUUUAAAACAGCAUCACAAAUGUUUUCGUUUCCCUUAAAUGUAUGAUCGACUCAUCUGUUGGUUAAUUCAGUUAAAUUUAUAUGCCUUCAUUGUUUUCAUUCACAGGAGUUUUACAUGGGUGGAUGUGAUGAUUCCACAACUGAAGUCGACAUCAUGUGGACAAACCAACACGGGACCGGUAAAAAGGCGGAUCACUUUGUCGAGUCACAAGUGAUUCUACAGUAUAUGUGUCAAGAAUUCCCUGACGGAGAGGUGCCUUUAACGAAUAUCAACACACAGUUUGAGUACCACACUAUUCGUAAUGGCGGGACUUCUGGUACCCAAACAUUUAAUAAAAAUAAUAAGGAGAAUUCUGAUGUCAAACUAACGCUUGGACUUCAUGAGCCGUACAAUUACUACCAAUCAUACCUCCGCCGAGAGCGAAACAAAGGUAACCAUUAUUUAUAUACAGUAGCUGAAAACCGAUAACUCGAACUCGGAUACAGGGUCCAGAGGAGAUGUGUUUUUGGUUUUAGAACAUCAAAACCCGUCAAAAACCUCUGAAAAAAAUGGACUAUUUUGAUCGCGUUACAGUUUCGUUACACAUCUAUAUACCGCAAACCAAUUUCAAAAUGGCGAACAACAACGUUGAUCUGGGUCAGAUAAGAAGCGAAAAAAUCGUUUACAGUAGAUUCAUGAAGAUCCCAUUGGGCUAAUUAAUCGUGCUAAGCGACAAGGAUGUACAUUUUUCAAGGUGAGACGUUAGAUAAGUACUUCAUUUAUUCACGCGAAACUCCUCUGGACCCUAUGACUCGGAUAACUCGAACUCCCCGCUAACUCAAACUAAGUCCAAUUUUCGUUGGAUUUGACCCCGCUCUUCAGUCAUUUUUACUCGAUUAACUCGAUCUCGGAUAACUCGAAUUCCUGGCUAACUCGAACUAAAUCUCGUUUUCCUGGAUCAAAAGUUUACCCUCAGCUGAUAAGUCGAAUUAUGACUCUUGUAACUCAUGACCUCGCUUGUCUAGCUCUUCUUGUCUUGUAAUCAGAAAGAAAAUCACUAAAACUAAACACUACAACAAUUAGAUUUAAAAUUAAAGUGCAAUGAACAGAUCACGUAUUCGACGGUUAUUUGCCGAUAUCACGGGUCGUACCGGAUCAUUGAACAAGAACGCAAGUUUAAUUUGCACUGUGCUAACUGUGUACUGAAUUGCUGAAAAAAUCUGUAAACUAUCAGUCUUUGACAUGGUAAAUUGAAUAUUUAAUCGACCCCGAUAACUCGAUCGAACCCUCGCUAACUCAAAAUGUUUUUUUUCCCCUUCAGACGCUUUGAGUUAACGGAGUUCUACUGCUUGUGCAAAAAUGAAUCGCACGAGUACGAGUACGAGAUUUUACAGAAGAGUUUUUCUCGUAUUCUCAAAAAAUAGACACCUUGGAAAGCUUUAUUGUACUUUUGACUCACCAGUUAAUUUAGCACUGCUGUCUUAACUGAAGGAGGUUCAGCCCUCUCCCGAUUCCAAAAUGAUAAAACUUCUAAUAUUUGAUUACUUGUUUCCGCCACUACUGCAUUGUCGCUAAAACCCGUUGUAGAAUGACGACGGCUAUCUCGUUUUCCCGCCAAAAUGACGCUAGUUCACGCGCGCACACUACUUUGUAUUUUCAACCCUCUUUAAUACGGACACCAAAAGGGACAGAACCAAGUGUCCACUUUACAGAGGUGUCUGUGUUAUAGAGGUAGGUGAUGUAUAUGAUUUUUGGCAUUUCUGGGACCAAACGAACUGUCCGUGAUAGAGAGGUGUCCAUAUUAUAGAGGUGACCGUAAGGGGAGUUCAGACUGUAUUGGGAAAAUCUCGUACUUUUACUCGUUCUCAUCCUCGAAUCUAAAGCUCUCUAAUAACGUGAUUUGACUGUACACUCUGUACAAAUGCGUAUUUUAUAGUUGUUAUUUUUUUAGUUCUUGUGAAAUGGUUUACUAAAGUUUUGAUAGAACAGAAGACAAGAAACGCAGCAGCGUCAUUAUCGUUAUUCAUUGCAGUUCAGCUAUAUUGUUCAAUUCUCUUUAAGCUAGUUCUCCUCCUUUGGCUUUUCUAUGGUCGUUUUAAACGUCGGGGAAGGAAAAAAAAGAAAACGAAAAGAAACUGGGGAAGAAGGAAAAGAAAAACAAGGAUGAGGGGGAGAGGGAGGGAAGGAGAGUGCGGAGAAGAGGAGUCUUCCGCAGGCUACUCUGACUAAUUCCUCCCAGUCUCUUCUUAACUUUCCCAGUUUCCCCUUAUUCCGUUUGAAACCGCAGUAAAGCCAGAGUAGUCUGCGCAUUUACCCCAAAAUUGUUUUUUAUUGAAACAAACAAUUAAACAAACUACAAAUAAAAUAUUAUACGUGUAACAAGGCUACAAAAUACAAAAAAAAAAUUAUUAGUAAGGAAAGUGUGACUGAGAUACGGAUUGGUCUAUUUAAAGGUUUAUGAAUAUUUGUACCAUGAAAAUAAUCUCUUUUAGACUGGACACGUGAAAGCAAUUCGAGUGCCUAGCAGAAAUCCUCAUGUGUACUAUAAUUUUAUAAUGUAUUUUAAUCCUCAGGUUUGUAUACCGCUGACCAAAAACUUGCAGGUGAUACGCCAAUCUACACGCGGCAAAAUAAAGGUGGAACUAGGAGGGGAUAUGAGGUCCCUGAGGAGCGUGAUUACUAUCCAUACUGGGGUCCCAGCCCUUGGAAGGAUAUUGCCAUCAUGGUCAGCGAUGAGAAGACCUUUGAUUUGAUGAAGAAGCAUGUUAACAGUUCUCAAUACGGCUACAAAUGUGAGCGUAUUCUAGUUAAGAUUCUGUUUAGAAAUAUCAAGGGAGGAUAUAUGAAGGGUUUAGUUGAUUUUCAGUCCAACCUCUCUAAAAGGGACAAAACUUAAAUACGCCCGUUAUGACGAAGCAGGAGACGGCAGCGAAAACGUUACGACUGGAUUCUUUCGCAGCAUAGGCGAAUACUAUCGAUUGGAAUCUUGUUUAAAACAAACCAAACAUAAUGCAACUCGCAAAUGCGUAUUUUUCCCAUCUCUCCAGUCUCACUCUCCGUUUUCAACCGCCUCGCUCCGGGACUUUGAAUUGUUUGACCGCUAGAUUUCCAGUUAAGAUUAUUGACGAUAAAGUUUUAGAGCGCCAAUGCACUUUUAUAACUGACGUCACUUGUUUUGCUGCCAUCGCCUUUUAAAUUAUUUGCUAAUUUCAAGGUUAUACCAAUUGAUUACAAUAAUGGGUGACGAGUUACGCGCACAAUUUUGAGUCGGCUAAUUGUACCGAGAGCUCCACCAUCGGCACGUAUUAGAAUCCAUUUUGCUGUUAAAAUAAUAUUAAUAAUACUUUAUUCAAAUACAUAUAGAUAUAAACAUGUUGCAUAUUUGAAAAGGCGGACCGAGAGAUUAUCCGGAUAAAAGGUCCCCUAAAUGAACUUAAGAAAAAUAUAAAAAAUGCAAAAUACAGCUAAAAAUUAUUAGUGUAGGUACAAACGGGUAUGGUAAGAAUGAUAUUUAAAGUGAAAAUUUGUACAGUUAAAAUAUGAGCUAUUAUGUCAAUAAAUUUUCAGCCAUCUUUUUAAGCCUUUUUAAAAUUUGUUAGCAUUAAUUUCAUCGUAAAGAGGUGGUUUAAUAAAUUGUUCCAGUCUUUUAUAUCGUUCUUCGUAUUGCUGGUUUUCACUGUCACGCCAUUCAAACUAGAUCCAAAUAAGAAUCAAAACCAUUCACCAGAUAAAGUCCAGAAUCUGGGAAAUGAACAGAGGUAAAUAUACAAAGACCCUCGCCAAGAUUUGGGUCGAAGGAAUAAUUCGUAUGGGAGAUAUCCGAGGAAAUGUUUUACCUAAAUUUAUAGAGC